AAAGCGGGCGCACCCACAGCAUCUGUACCAACACAUCAGUGCUUCAGGAGGCACUUCUCCUCUCUGCAAGACUGGAUGCGGAAGCGAGCGUGCGGCCAGUGGGGGGAAAAUACUCGCAGCCGCACACUUUUACAGGGAAUCGAUUCUGUGAUGACCGUGAGAUUCCACAAGUAAUAUGCGCAACACUGUGGACUGCCCUAUUUUUUUUUUCUCUCUCUCUCUCUCUCUCUCUCUCGCUUCCUUUCUCCUUACUGCUCAGUUGUGUUUCCUUAUUCAUUGUGCGCCCUAUGAAGAGCAUUAACUAUCCCUCCCUCCAAUCCUAUUGAAAAGGGCUCCGAAAAAAAACAGAGGGAGAUGAGAGCAGCAAAUCCCUUUUUUAUUCCCCUCGUAGCGCUCAAUAAGAGAAGAAUGUGUUGCCUAUCAGUCACCGAGGGGAUCAAGUCUUCGGGACUGUCCCACGCGUUCAAUGCGCCGUGCAAAGCAUCACUGAAAGAGACAGAGUGAAGAGGACUGCAGCAGCAGCAGCAGCAGCAGCAGCAGCAGCAUCCUGCCUGGACACUUCACAUCAUUUAGCAACCUGUCUCCACUCAAGAUCCAUUUAAGUCAAUUAGGAGCUGCCAGCUUCUUCUUCUUCUCCUCACCUUCCAGGUCCUCUCGGUGCUGUGUCACGAUGAGGAGUCUGGCGCUGCUGUUAGGGGUGAAAGCCGCUUGCAUCCUUCUGGUGUCUUCGCUCUCAGGCACAGGGGCCGUCAACAACAGCGGCCGGUGGUGGGGUAUUGUCAAUGUGGCUUCCUCGUCCAACCUUCUCACCAAUUCCAAGAACGUGCAGUUGGUCCUGGACCCAAGCCUGGCCCUUCUGAGUCGUCGCCAGCGCCGGCUGAUUCGGCAGAAUCCUGGCAUCUUGCAUGCCAUCGCCGCUGGGCUGCACACUGCCAUAAAGGAGUGCAAGUGGCAGUUCCGCAACCGCCGCUGGAACUGCCCGACCACCCACAGCCCAGCAAUUUUUGGCAAAAUUGUCAAUCGUGGUUGCCGAGAGACAGCAUUUGUAUUUGCCAUUACCAGCGCAGGAGUGACCCAUGCUGUGGCUCGCUCCUGCUCAGAAGGGGCCAUUGAGUCGUGCACAUGCGAUUAUCGUCGCCGAGGUCCUGGAGGGCCAGACUGGCACUGGGGGGGCUGCAGUGACAAUGUGGAUUUUGGCCGGAUGUUCAGCCGUGAGUUUGUGGACUCCAGCGAGAGGGGCAGAGAUCUGCGUUACCUCACCAACCUACACAACAACGAGGCCGGCAGAAUGACUGUGUCUUCAGAGAUGCGACAGGAGUGUAAGUGCCACGGCAUGUCGGGCUCCUGCACCGUGCGGACCUGUUGGAUGCGCCUGCCGAGCUUCCGCACAGUGGGAGAUUUCCUUAAGGAUCGGUUUGACGGCGCGUCCAGAGUUGUUUACGCCAACAAGGGGAGCAACCGUGCCUCUCACCGAGCCGACCCCCGACAUCUAGAGCCUGAAAACCCGGCUCACAAACCCCCCUCUGGCAUGGACCUAGUUUAUUUUGAGAAAUCGCCAAACUUCUGCUCUUACAAUGGUAAAACUGGCACUUUGGGAACUUCUGGGAGAACAUGCAACAGCUCUUCUCCAGGCCUGGACGGAUGUGAGUUGCUAUGCUGUGGACGUGGGUUUAAAACCCGGACUGAGAGUGUGACCGAGCGAUGCCACUGCACGUUCCACUGGUGCUGUCACGUCAGCUGCCUCAACUGCACCAGCACACGAACGUUACACCAGUGUCUAUGAUCAAAGGUGGACGACUAGGCAAAUAUUUAGGCAUACACGAGGAACAAAGAAGAACUCUGUAGCAAAACAGGUAGUCGGCUAACAAAGCCACUAGCACACAAGUGGUUUAAGAUGUUAGGUAGAAGCUAGAAGAGCUUCAAGGCGGGUAAACAGGGAACUUCGUGGCACAAAAAUUCAAUCAGUGUUUUUGAAAGUAGGAGUAAAAGCACAAAUAUGUGAACAGGGUAUAGAGGGAGUGUAUGUGCUUGCUCUUUGCCUUUGAUGCUUAACAUUAAUAAGUAUUUAAACACAACAGCCAUCCAUGUAGAAUGGAAAUCACCCACAUCCCUCAAGUGUUUACACUGUGGAUAAAUAGAAGCAAAGGGACAAAAGGAUGUGGUGGAGAAUUGAUUGCUGUAACCAGGUACUACUAGAGCCGCCUUCUCCCCCACUGAGGGCAAAAACUGGACACAAUGUUUCACAGAUGUUUCUGUGGCCAGAGAGCCACAAACAUGUGCUCUCAUAAACUGGUGAGGACCUCUAACAAGAGGGAGGUUAUUUUUAAAAAAACAGUUUUGUUUGCUUUUGCUGAAGUUUGGCCUCUCUCGCAUGAAACUGUGUGAAGUUUAUCUCCACGUAUAGGCUAUCUGUUCCCGGCGUGUGUACUUAGGACCUGGAUGCAGCCCAACCACUUCUAAUUUCCUUACCACAGUUGCCCUUUUUGUUUAGAUUUCUCUGGAGUUGAAUACACCUCAACCCAGACUUGCCACUCUUGACUUACCACAGGAUGGUCCUGAUGUUACAUGACUGAGACCAGCGCUUACCAAGGAAAACAGAGACUGACUGAGUUAAUCUUACUGAGGCAGUGUAAUUUGAAUGUAUUAUCAAUACACUGAAUAUUACCGCAUGACUAGAUAUAGUUUAGCAAAUCUGUCGGGUCAGUAUUAAAAAAAUCGAAACACAACAAUAAUAUUAAAAUGUGACCUGCAGAAUUUAAACUUGCUCUCAAAAUGAAGCCACUGAUGUUCAAACAAAAAAUAAACCCACCACACUCCUGUAAAUACAUGUGAGCAGGGUUAAACUAUUCCAGGUUGAAGGUAGGCAAAUGGGGUAUGACUUUAAACUAGGCUGUGAAAAAAAAAAGCUAUGUUUAAGAUGAAGUGUUUUAUUGUUAGGAUUACAGCCUCUGCGGAAAGAAAAACAUACUGUAUAGCAGCUAAGAGAACCAAAAUGCUGUAAAUAUUAAAAUAUCUGAAUAUAUUUAUAAAGACGUCAUUUGUAAGUUUGCUAAAUGGUUUAUGUGCCUGUCAGUGACUGGAGAACAUGCUAUCAUUCGAGUCAAGUCAGGAGAUGUUUGAUCUUAUGCCUUUUUUUAAUUUGGGUGUAAUGUAGUUGAGAAAAAAAAAAGACUUGCUAGAAACAAAACUUUAUCACUUCUUUGCUUGUUUCCUGUAAAAAAAAGAACACUUGUGUUUGGUCAUGCACUGAAUAUUUACCUUUUUUUUUUACGAGUGUAAAUAUGAAAUAUUUAUUUCUGAGGAUUUUUAUACUGUUAUAGAGAGAUGUAAGAGAAAACAUUUUUAGAUUUUAAUGAAAAGAUUUAGGAUCCAGUUGGUUUUGUACUGUAUGAUAGAACAAUAAAGUCUAUAUUUUCAAUUAA